AAAAAGGAAACUUUGGAGCCAUCUAGAGAUUUGUAGUAGAUACGGUUUCCACCUUUACCGCUAACGUUUCAUCAUGUUAUCACGCGUCUUCAAGAACGUUCCCUUCGUCUUCCCGCAACUGCUUUUAUAACUUCCAAAACCCUUUUCUUCUCUCGUAAUAAGCAAAUCAAUACCUCUGAGCCCCUCACGAUCGAAUAUUCCCGCGUUUUUUUUUAUUACAGGAAUAUGCAUAAGUGGAAUCUUCCCUACCGCAAAGAUGACGUGGAGAGCGGCGGCGAGAGACCUCUGUAUCCGACGAUGCUCGAGAGCCCCGAACUCCGGUGGGGCUUCAUCCGCAAGGUUUACUCCAUAAUCGCUUUUCAGCUUUUACUAACAAUCGCCGUCGCAGCCACGGUGGUCACCGUACGUCCCAUCGCCGUGUUCUUCUCCACCACUAGCGCCGGCCUUGCUCUCUGGAUAGUUCUGAUCAUCACGCCUCUUCUAGUGUUGUGUCCUUUGUACUAUUACCACCAGAAACAUCCGGUGAACUACUUGCUUCUUGGUGUUUUCACGGUGGCUCUCGCUUUCGCCGUCGGGCUAUCAUGUGCAUUCACAAGUGGGAAAGUGAUUCUUGAGUCAGCGAUUCUGACAACAGUAGUGGUGCUUUCCUUAACCUUCUACACCUUCUGGGCUGCAAAGAAAGGAUAUGACUUCAACUUCCUCGGCCCAUUCUUGUUUGGUGCUAUCAUCGUUCUCAUGGUCUUUGCUCUUAUUCAGAUCUUUUUCCCGUUGGGUAGGAUCUCAGUGAUGAUCUACGGUUGCUUGGCAUCUAUAAUAUUCUGCGGCUACAUAGUGUACGAUACAGACAAUCUCAUCAAACGUUACAGUUACGAUGAGUACAUCUGGGCAGCAGUGUCGCUCUACUUGGACAUCAUCAACCUCUUCUUGUCUCUCCUCACCAUUUUCAGAGCUGCCGAGAGUUAAAUGACUUAAACUUUAAUAUGUAAAUCUCUAAUACUACCGAAGGUGUUUUGUUUUUGAUUCAUGUAUAUAUAAAACUUGAAUUCACUUCCA